AUGGCAAAUCAUUCACCUCAUCCAAACUCUUUAUCACCACAUUCAAAACAACCAACUUCUGCUUUUCAGUGGCCUAUUCCACCUUCUUCUCCAUCUCACUUGAAACCAAACACUCAACAAGCCAUGAACGACAUUACUGUAAAGGAAAUACUGGAACGCUACAAUGAGGACCCAGAGCUGCUCAAGUACAUUCUUACAGCUAAAACAGAGGAAGACAAGAAAAAGGCUGCAAAGGAUACAUUGAGAGCAGAGGAAGCUCGUAUCCAGCUGAGACAUAUGGACUUGGAGCUGGCUCGUGAGCAAUCAAAGGCAUCCUCCAGAUUUGAGAGACCCGUUUAUCCUCCAGGUUAUCCACAGCCUUACCCUCAUGCUGUGCCAGCAAUUCACCACCAAGCUCAAAUCGUAGCUCAUGCACCGCAUCCCCAUCAUCCAUACCCAUAUUACAGUCUUGCGCCUGUUCAGCAGCAGGUGCUUGCUCGCUUCCAACAACCUCCACAGCAUGCGCCAGGCCAGCAACAACCACCCGCAUCUCCAUCCAUGCCCUAUCCUCACUCUGCACAUCCUCUUUGUCCUCCACCUGCCGAUGAAAAGAGCUUUGCCUCUCGUCUACCUCAAUUCCGCCAAACGUCUCCUUCUGCCAGUGCCGCUUUGUCUGACGAAACCAAGAAACGGAGCAGGGCUUCCAUCUCAUCGCCCAGCGAGGUAGAACAAGACAAGCUGUCUCAUAACAAAGUCAUGGAAGCGCUCAAAGCCAAGAUUCAGAGAGGAAAUGGCGGUCCAUUAUCCCCCCUGACAGCCUCUCCCAUCCGUCCUCCACCAUCCUCCUCAUCAGCAGCAUCAACAUCGACUUCAUCUCAAGAGCAUCCCAACAAGAAAAAGAAGCCAACACUGCCUCGUCCUGUUGUGGUUCAUCAAGCAGAAACUGCAUCUUCUCCUUCACCAUCUCCUCGGUCGGCAAAGCCAGUCUUACCUCCCAUUGACACUAAUCUAGGUAGAAUCGAUACGGUUGCAAAGACAGCCACCACGGCAACUCGCAAUGUGGUAACAAAGAGCGAUACAGAGAGCACAAGCAGUACUGCAAGUAGCCAUAGCAAUGGACAACAAGAGACUAUGAAGACCGAGACCCGUCAGCAAAGACAACAGGAUGCAAAAUCCGGCAUUGACAUCAACAGCACAGCUUCUCCUAGUGAUCAUAUACUACUAAAUACCCGUCGUGCACGCUCAUUAUCCCCUCCUUCUUCAUCUUCGUCCUCAUCUUCGUCUUCGUCCUCUGAGACAGCUAAUAUCAACAAUGCUGCCAACACAACAAAGAAGAUCAGAUCGUAA